AUGCAGGACACUAUCUAUUCAUACAUCCUACGAACAAUCUGCUGGUUUCCGAAAUAUUCACACUGGAUGAAUAUUUUCCAAAAAGAUCUAUCUAUCUAUCUAUCUAUCUAUCUAUCUAUCUAUCUCGAUCUGUUCAAAUCUUUUUCUUCUGAUAUGCUUCAUUUUACUGAUCUUGUUUUUCUAUACAACACUUUCUGUCUUUUUCUUCAUCGUGUCUACUUUCAUUUCAUUGAAUUCUUUUUCUUCUUUUUCUCUUUCCUCGGCUUUUCUUUCCUUGUCGUCUCUCCUUGCCGUCUUUCUUUCUUUCUUUCUUUCUUUCUUUCUUUCUUUCUUUCUUUCUCGUCUGAUUUAUUGCUUGUUUCUUUAUUCUUCCUCCAUCUAGUUUUCUUCUCUUUUCUAUCUUUUGCUUAUAUUUUUUCAUUAAUUCCUCACUUUCUUUCUUUCUUUUUUUUUUCUUUUUUUCUUUCUUUCUUUCUUCAUUGCGUCUAA